AUGGUGGCACCUACCGCUGUGAAAAAAAGUACACCCGGGCCAAAUGCCUCUGAACCUAGCGCUACUUCAAGCUCUCGGAUUUUCGGUGGCGAUGUGUCUCACAAAGUGGCCGAUGACGAUGAUGACGAUGAAGUCCUGGUAGACGACCAAAACAUGGACGAUGAGGAUGCGCCGCAAGAAGGUAAAGGUAAUGAGACCGCCAAGCUUUUGCAAGAAGUAGUUCUUGAUGAACGCGGAAAGCCUCGUUUCCCUUCCGCUGCUCAAGCGGGAGAAAACAAAGUGAAGCUUGAGUCUCGGAAAGUUUCAGUCCCCCCACAUCGCAUGACACCACUAAGAAACAACUGGACUAAGAUAUAUCCGCCUCUGGUGGACCAUUUGAAGCUACAAGUCCGUAUGAACCUAAAGACCAGAACGGUUGAGCUGAGAACGCACCCCAAACACACUACCGAUCCAGGGGCGCUGCAAAAGGGUGCAGAUUUCAUCAAGGCAUUCACGCUUGGAUUCGAUCUUGACGACUCGAUCGCGCUCCUGAGGCUGGACGAUCUUUAUAUCGAGACUUUUGAAAUCAAAGAUGUAAAGACCCUCAACGGUGACCAUUUGUCUCGUGCCAUCGGCAGAAUCGCCGGAAAAGACGGUAAGACUAAAUUUGCCAUCGAGAACGCAACCCGUACGCGUAUCGUGCUUGCGGAUUCGAAGAUUCACAUCUUGGGUGGCUUCACUCACAUCCGCAUGGCUCGUGAAUCAGUCGUCAGCUUAAUUCUUGGUUCGCCUCCAGGCAAGGUCUAUGGAAACCUACGUACAGUUGCCUCGAGACUGAAAGAACGAUACUAG